GCCUCUGCCUCCCGAGUGCUGGGAUUAAAGACAUGCGCCACCACCGGCUCCCAUUUGCUUUUCUUAUAUGAAAAACUAAGGACCACAUAGAAUUCCUUGUCUAGAUUUAGCUGAAGUUGAAUAUGAGUGACCAGUACUAAUUCCGGCUUGAUAUUUUCCAUAUCAGUUUUAGCUGCAUUUCUGACCCUCCCUCAUAAGAGGAUCCAGUGCCUCCACAGGAGUUAUUAGAAGGUGUAGUAAGGUCCAGAAAUAUUUUAUGAAGAGUACUUGCUGGCAUCUUCUGUGUAAGCAUGUGGCUACGGUAGAUGCUAAUUAGGUGGGAGAGGACUGAAUCCUAAAGGAACUUCCUCCUCGAGAUGGCACAUGGGGAAGUUAUAGCCAAGCAGGGGUUCUCCAGGUAAGCUAGUAACUAUGAUGAUGUGUUCCUUGCCUGGCCUGGCUCUCAGGUGCUGCGAUAAGCGGUUGUGGACCCGCAUUGACCUGAACCACUGCAAAUCCAUCACGCCCCUGAUGCUGAGUGGCAUCAUCCGGCGACAGCCUGUCUCCCUUGACCUCAGCUGGACCAAUAUCUCCAAGAAGCAACUGAGUUGGCUCAUCAACCGGUUGCCUGGGCUCCGGGACUUGGUGCUGUCGGGCUGCUCAUGGAUUGCUGUCUCAGCCCUCUGUAGCUCCAGUUGUCCAUUGCUCCGGACCCUGGAUGUCCAGUGGGUAGAAGGACUAAAGGAUGCCCAGAUGCGGGAUCUCCUGUCCCCACCCACAGACAACAGGCCAGGUAGUCAGAUGGACAAUCGGAGCAAGCUCCGGAACAUUGUAGAACUGCGCCUCGCUGGCCUGGACAUCACAGAUGCCUCCCUGCGGCUCAUUAUCCGCCAUAUGCCCCUGCUCUCCAAGCUCCACCUCAGUUACUGUAACCACGUCACUGACCAUUCCAUCAACCUGCUCACCGCAGUUGGCACUACCACCCGAGACUCUCUGACAGAGAUCAACCUAUCAGGUGAGGUGGGCCCUAUACCUAUGGGAAGUCCUGGCAUCUGUGGGACAGCUAGGCGUUGAUGGCGCACACCUUUAAUCCCAGCACUCAGGAGACAAAGGCAGGUGGAUCUCUGCGACUUCGAGGCCAAGCCUGGUGUACGAGUUCCAGGACAGGCAGGCUAAACAGAAACCCUGUCUGAAAAACCAAACAAAUCUAAUGCCGUCUAGUCACAGUACUUGGAAAUAUAAGUGAAUGAGACCACCAAGU